GUGUUUUAAAUAAGCGCGCGCCCUCUUAAUCGAGCCUUUCUCACGCAUGCGCAGUGUAGGCGUCUGGUGGCAGUGGUUGGCUUCACACUGCAGAUAUGUUCAUUCCGAUGCCAUACAUUGUCGAGGUGAAUACAUUUUUUUUGCUGAUUUCCGUGACGACAAUCAACAAAUGUAUGUACAAUAAAUGUACGUAUUUCUUUUGCGGAUUACGAGGGCAAAUCAAAAAAUGUCUAUUUGAAUCUUUGGCGAAUCGUGAACAUCAAUUUGUCGUUUGCUGUAUAGCCUAAAACGGAAACGGAACACCAGCACGAGAUAGAAAAAGACGGAAGUAGGUUUCUCGCCACCAUUUCACGCCACCAUUUCACGCCACCGUAUCUCGCCAUCCUUUCUCGCCAUCGUUUCUCGCUACCGUUUUUCUUUCAAGGAUUGUUUUAAAACGUGAAUACAUUUUUUUUGCUGAUUUCCGUGACGACAAUCAACAAAUGUACGUAUUUCUUUUGCGGAUUACGAGGGCAAAUCAAAAAAUGUCUAUUUGAAUCUUUGGCGAAUCGUGAACAUCAAUUUGUCGUUUGCUGUAUAGCCUAAAACGGAAACGGAACACCAGCACGAGAUAGAAAAAGACGGAAGUAGGUUUCUCGCCACCAUUUCACGCCACCAUUUCACGCCACCGUAUCUCGCCAUCCUUUCUCGCCAUCGUUUCUCGCUACCGUUUUUCUUUCAAGGAUUGUUUUAAAACGUGAAUACAAUUUUUUUGCUGAUUUCCGUGACGACAAUCAACAAAUGUACGUAUUUCUUUUGCGGAUUACGAGGGCAAAUCAAAAAAUGUCUAUUUGAAUCUUUGGCGAAUCGUGAACAUCAAUUUGUCGUUUGCUGUAUAGCCUAAAACGGAAACGGAACACCAGCACGAGAUAGAAAAAGACGGAAGUAGGUUUCUCGCUACCGUUUCUCGCCACCAUUUCACGCCAUCGUUUCUCGCUACCGUUUUUCUCUCAAGGAUUGUUUUAAAACAUUCUGGAGUCAAACUUGUUUGUAAUUCCUUAUGGUCAUCGUCAACCAAAAACGAUCGCCACCGUUUCUCGCCAUCCUUUGUCGCCACCGUUUCUCGCCACCGUAUGUCGCCAUCCUUUGUCGCCACCGUUUCUCGCUACCGUUUCUCGCCACCUUUUCUCGCCACCAUUUCUCGCCAUCGUUUCUCGCCACCGUUUUUCUCUCAAGGAUUGUUUUAAAACGUUUGGAAUAUUUGCCAGGAGACAAAGAAAAUGAAGCGAAAGAGGCAGUCAAUAACAUUAAAGGAUUUUCUACCUUCUUCAUCUACUUCUUUAAAUAAUACUUCAAAUUCUUCAAAAUGUCCUGCUACUGCUGCAUGUGGGAAUAGUUCGAAUAAAAAUAAGGAAAAUGCGAAACGACGUCGUGCCGAUAAAGAUAAGAAGGAUACCAAUUUAAAGAAGACUAAGAAAGAUGAUUCUUUGGAAAAGAAUAAAAAGAAAGUUACUAAAAAGAGAACGGCGAACAAUGAGGAAGAUGAAGAACCUCCUAUGGAUGAGAGAAAAAGGAAGCGACUCAAACGAUUGGGAACUCGAAAGUCAACUGUCAAAAUAUUCUUGGGCACCAUAUGUAAAUCAAAUGCCGUAAAGGAGAGAAUAAUUGAAGAUGCGAAAAUAGUAUCCAGAAUGAGAAUAGAAGUCUCUUUGAUGGCGUUGCAGUCUCUUUAUCAUGACACAAAUCAUUAUUUGCUUGAAAAGUGGACGAACGAUGGUCCCAAUUAUUUAGAACUCUUUAUUGCGUUGAAAAGAAAAAUAAAUACUCAAGUUGUUCGAGAUCCUCAGUUUGUAGCGCUAAUCGAAGAAUAUAAAGUGACACGUGGCAAUAUGCCACUUUACGAUUGUGAAUAUCGUUCGGCCAUUAUUCAAGAAGAAGCUCGUAAAAUGAAUCGUGAAUUUAAAACAAGUUUCUUGAAACAUUUCGAAAGUAGAUUGACGAGAUUGGUUCAACAUCUUUUGUCAUCUAAAGAUAAUGCUUCAAACUCUGAUGCUUCAAACUCUGAUGCUGCCGAUGACGCGGAAGAAGAGAAUAUUGUGAAGGAUGCUCUUGAUAAUGAUGACGAUGAUGAUGCGGAAGCUGAGAGAAUUUUAAAAAUGGCAAGACGAGAGAGACACAAUGAAAAGAAGCGAAGGAAUCGCAAAAAAUUCAAAGCAAAACGUCGCAAACUAAAAAGGAUUGAAGCAACAGCAGCAGCAGCAGCAUCGAGAGAAGAAAACCAUCGUAGGACUGCCAAAGAAAUUGCAAAUUUUAAAAUUCAAGAAAGAAGAGAAAAUCGUGCCAAGGACAAUUCACAUCGUGAGAAAGUUUUUUCAAAAAGAAAAACUCGAAAAAGAAGAAAACAUCCAAAAACUCAUGGGAAAAGAAAGGAUAUUGCCUUAAAGAGUAGGUGGUCGAGCUCUGCAAGUAGAAUUCGCAACAACACUGUUAGCACGAGAAAAGAAGCUAUUCAAGUUGUUGAAAAUCUUCUCAACAACAAUGAUUGCGACAUUGCCGAAUUUAAUAAUUUUCUGAAUCCUCAAGAAAAGUUGAAUUUUCAAAACAUGAAACGAGACGUAAACGACGAUGGUGAGGAAGAUGAUCGCAAUUCUGAAUGGACAAAAUUCAUUCCAUUCAUGAUACGUGUUCAACAAUACUUUCACGACAACAAUAUUCACAAUUUUGUUCUUGUACCGCAAGCUCAACUCGGCAUUGCACAUGUAUUGUAUUCCAAUACAGGUCUGGAAGAUUUAAAGAGGGGUGCCGAGCAGGAUGUAUUUUUGAAAAAAGAAUUGCAGAUAAGGCGGCAGUCAAUUCCUUUUAAACAGAAGCAACUUCAAAUCAAAGAGGCAAAAACUUGCAAGAAUGUAGAAAUCAAUCGAUUUUUACAAAUCAAGAAUAAAAUUCAAAGAUGGGAGUACAUGUUUGACAUUUCCAGCGCGGAAAGGGGCAAAGUUGGUGCAUUUGCUGAAGUGAUGACAACAAAUGGCGUCGAUGCUUCAAUAAUAUUUAAUGUUCCAAAAAUGGAAUCUGUUGAAGAAAAGGAAGGCCCUGCUCCGGAAACUCGUUUCAAAGUCUUUUAUGGUUUCGAUCCCGGCAAGAAGGCGACAUUGGGUGGUGUAAGAAGAGUUCGUGGUGCACAACCGUCAAUGGAGGACAAAUUGAAGGAUAAUCACAUUUAUUUAAAGAGCAGCAGUUUUCGUUGGCAGAUGAAUGAUUUCAGAAGAAGGGAAAGAAAAAAGGAAUUUGGUCUGGAUCUUCAAAAAUAUUAUAAACAGUACGUGCUUGAAAAUCCAGAAAGAAUGGCCAAUUUUUCAAAUACCAAUCCGCGAGAUUACAAGAGAAUCAUCGAGUAUAAGCUGCAUCUGUUCGAAAGAUUUCAAGAGUUGCACGAGCAAAAAUGUGUGGUGCGUUUAAAAAUGGACAAAUAUAUUUCGCGUCAGAGGGAAUGUGAAAAAUUGGUGAAUUUCUUCAUUGGAGACACUUUUCAAAAACCUUGUUUUGUGGCUUUUGGUAAUGCAUCAUUACCAAACUUUACACGUGGCUACGUUGGUACAGCGUUGAAUCAAUUGAAGAGAACGUUUGUUAAUCGAGCAAAACAACUUGGUGACAAACGCUUGAAAUUCGUUAAAGUAAAUGAGUAUCACACGACUGCGCUGUGCAGCAAUUGCUGCUUUGAUGUGAUAAAAUCCAAGAGUCCGCACAGAUUUCUGCAGUGUAAUAAAUGCCGCACUACCUGGGAACGUGACAUUAACGGUGGACGAAAUAUUCUAAACGUGGGACUCAUCGAUGAGGGAAUAAUCCCCAAGGAAGCACCAUUUGACGAAGCGACUUUCCAUUAUAGGAAUAAUUAAAUUUUCUACACCUUUUUAUCAUUCGACGCCUUUCUUAUUGGUGUUAUCGUCACAACUUUGUUUGUUCACCGUCUUCAUCAACAAAUCAACGAUUCAAAAAAAAAAAAUUAUAUUCGCGCCUGGCAGCCCUCGAGGAAGUGGGGACACUCUGUUCUGCACCCUAGAGGCGGCAUAUCGGGUCUUCAAGUUUACUUGAUUGCAAGCUUUCAUGCGUACUGGCCCCUUAUGGCUAAAUAAGGGGAGAAGGGACCUCCUCAUUAAUUCUUAUUAUCACUAUUGAUAAGAAUCAAUAAUGAGGAGAGGGAUUUUUUUAAUUUUUCUUAACGUUUCAUUUUUUCAAUUUUUAACAAUUUUAAAUUACUCUGUUUCAUUUUUCUUUAACAAUACUUUUUUACCAUAGUUUUUCUUUUUUUUAUUUUAAAAUUCAAAUAAUAAUUUUUUUUUAAUUCGAUCCAAACAUGACCCUAACAAGUAAUAAUAAGGAUCACAGCCAUACAGCCAUAGCUUUGAAUACGAAUGUCUCGUUCGUAUUUUUUAAGACCAGUGUAAUUAUAACGUUUAUUAGUAACAUAAACUCACUUCCAACUAUUCGCUAAUCGACUACGCACAUUCAUUAAAUUGAAUUGUCAAAUUUCUUUAAGUCGUCUUAUAUAAAAAACAAUACAACAACUUCCAAAAACAAAACUAAAUCAUUUAAUAUUUGUUACAAUUUGGUGAUAUAAAAUAUAUUAUUUAAUAACCACAAAAUUGCAGGUGAGAAAUAUUACCUAAUAUUAAUGAUAAAAUCAUAAUCAUAAUAUUACAUUGUAAAUUAAUUGUAACGAGCGACUGUUUGUUGAAUUACGAGUCGAUAAUCUUUGCCCUCUGCAAAAAAGGAAGGUUUCAGACUAUGAGAGCUAAUAAAGAAUUAAUGAAAAUUCUUUAAGUAAAAACUCUCGCUUACGUUACAAAUGCACUAUUAAGAGACAACAUCGAUUUUACAGUACUAAAUUCUACUGUACGAUAUAUCUAUCUUCUACCUAUUUCAAGGACUGAAUUCACUCAUUUCUUAAUCAUCUUUUGUCAAUAUGAAAAGAAUAUGAAUCUUUUAGAAAUUAUAAAGAACCUUUCAAAUUAUUAUCUUUCAUAUAAUGAAACAAACGGAGUAAUUUAUUAACAGACGACCAAACCAAAAAUUAUUAAAUUUAUUGGCAUUUAAAAAAUUCAGUUUGAAAAAUUGAAUAAGCAAUAUGGUAAUGAAAAAAAUUGAUUGACUGGAUGAUGAGAAAUGGGAAAUAGUGAAAAAGUCUAAGCUACGGCUAAGUAGUUAGGAGGGACCGUGAUAUCGGACGUUACUUCACUUAAAUCAUCCUAGGAGGCUAACAAACUACUCCAAAAUUUAUUGUGGACGCGACUUUUUCUACUGUCUUCUAAAAUUUUCUUUACCAUAUAUAAUCAAACAACUAUCUAUCAAACAAUUGUCUUUUCACGAUUAAACUCACAUCAAUUAAUCUACAUACUACAUUUCUAAACGAGUUUCAAGUUUACAUUAAGAAAAGGAAUUAAUCAUCUAUUUUACAUUUAAAAUAACUAUUUUCCAGAUAAUUCAAAAAUAUUUCCCACUAUUGAAAUUUUGAUUCAACAUUUUGAUAACGUUUCAUGGUAAUUUUUAGACUCGGCCCUUUUUAUAAUAAUUAUUAUGUACUUCUCAACAUAAAAAAGAUUUAUAAAAUAUUUAUUAAGGUAUCUAUACAAUUUUAAUUGAUUAGGUACUAUACCAUUAAUUUUAUUUGUAAAUAAUUAUUUUUUUUUUAAUUACUUAUUCAUUGUUGAAAUUGAAACUGAACUACAAUAAACCAGCAGUUAUUUUUAAUGAUACUCUCUGAAACUGAAUCAGUGAAAUUUCACUGAAGAUCAGUUGAAACUGAUUGAAAUAUCAGCCAUUUUCCACUGAUUCGCUAAUUAAAAAAUAAAAUAAAUAAAAAUUUACUGAAAUAAAUUAAUUGAGAAUGACAACUAAAUAUGAGUAAAUAUCAAAAGAACUUUCAACAACAAAACAUUUGAGAUGUUGGAACAUUUAUAGUUCAUCAGCAUAACUAAUUAAAGGAUGUCGAUAAAGAACGUUUCGAAAAAAUUGGCAUAAAUUUAUUUGUAGCGUUUUAUAAAUCUAUGUAUAUACUAUGCAUGCAUAAUAUAUUCAAAGGCCUAACGGACAUAUUAUUAAGAGAAAUCGCGAGAUUGGCAGUGCAAAAUAUACUACUUAUUAAUUUAUGAUAAUAAUAUAUAGAUAACAAAGAAACUCAAUAGAACUUUAACGAUCUCUUGCGUUUCGGAAGGUAAAUAAAAAGACGCCAAAGUAUUUACCUCGGUAUUUACGGGACAACUAUAAUUCUGCAUUCUCUUAAAAAAGAUCACAUUCUUCUUUCUACGACCAUUCUACCUACAGGAAUGUUAACCAUCCAAUGGUGCCCCAUUAUGUUUAUGUCCCUUCACCUUAUUUUGAGAACCUCGUAAAUGAUAAAAGGACUAUUUUCACUCAGUCGCUAAUGAAAACAAACAAUUGGAAAUUUUUUCAAGAAGUAGAAUUUCAUUCUGUUUGAUAUAUAGCUUUUUUCUCUUCUUUUAAUUACAGUUUCGAGAAUGUAAAAAUUCAUUUUUAAACCGAUAGAAGCGCGAAACAUGCAAAAGCCAAUAAUCUACACAUUGAGAAUUUUUCAAAGAUAUUAUUUAUAUAUAUAUAUAUAUAUAUAAAAUUUUUCGCGACUGUCAUUAUAAAUUAAAAAAAAUUUUCCACAAGAAAAAUUCGAGACUCUCGAAUCGCGGAAAAUUAUCUACAAAACCCUGUCAUUUUCCCACGCUAUUUAAAUUUUUUAUUGAAUCAUUUUCAUUUGUAUGCCUAGAUUAAAAUUUUGUUUUAUAUAUAUGUUUUUAUAUUUACAAUGCGCUCAAAACGCUGACAAAUUCAUUGAUUCAAGUAAACGACUAGAUGAUCUCAAAAAGAUUUGUGACUAAGAAAAAGACAAUAUUUGCUUGAAAUUAGGAAACAUGUUUCACAUAAACUUCUGAACACAGAAGAAGAGAAGUCAUUUAGGUUUUCUGAUUCCUUUUCAAUUUAUUCUUUUUCAUUUGAGAAAAGCUGAUUGCAAAAUAAUACAUAUUUUCAAAGUAAUGAAAAAAAAUCUCAUAAAAUAUUUUCAUUUAUAUUAUUUUCUAGAAACUUAUUAAUGAAGAAAGUCACUUUACUGCAGUAAAGUUUUAUAACCUUAAUUUUUUCUGUAAAAUUUAUUUUCUUUAAUGGAAAUACUUUAAAAAAUACAACAUUUCACAUUCUAAAACAAUAAUACAUGUAUGAAAGAAAAAAUAAUUGAAAUUUAAUGCAAAAUCUUCAAUUUUAAAAACCAUAACAUACUUCAAAUAAAUGAAUAAAUAUAUAUAUAUAUAUGAUGAAUAUAUUAUUAGAAAAGACUGUAAAAGUCUAUACACGAUGAAACUAAUCGAGUUAUUCAAGCAACGACUAAUUACAAUUGAGCAUUCUAAUCUCUCUCAAACUCUUGACACGAUAAUAAGUUUCUACUCUUUAGCAAAAAUAAAUAUCGUGUAAUAUUGCUCUAAUAUUUUACGAGAUGAUCCCGAUCAAGAGGUUUCACAGUAACGCAUAUAUUUUAUAUAUAUUUUAAUAUUUCAUAUAUUAAAUAUGUACAUUGACAUAUGAUGAGCAUGCAAAAUUGUUUCUCAAAAAUUUUCACUGUUUUACCCCUUUAUUCUUUUUUGCAAUUAAUUUAAUUAUAUUUUAAAAAUUAUUAUUAUAAAAAGUUAAGAAAUUUAACUAAUUUUCAAAAUAUUCUAUCAAGUUUUUUCAUAAUUUAAUAAGAAAAUGAACCCUUUAUGAUCGUUCCUACAAAAAUUAGUCCAAGUAAAUUAUUAGAAUUCUGAUUGAAAAAUAAAUUGUUACUGAAUUAUGUAAUGCGAAGAAUAAUAAGGUAAACUGUUGAGUGAAAUAUUCUAGGCUAAUUCCCAGAAUAUAAAAAAACUCUCAAGGGAAUUUGCUAAUAGCUAAUACUUUUUUUACACCCCUUUUCAUUUCUUAUAAAGGAGAUUAGCUUUUAUCACACGCACCAUGAGACUUGGUAGGAAACGACGAACACGAAUAAUUUUACUCCCUCCACAUCUGAAUAAGUGGAAUUUCACUUAAAGUCCUUCUCUUGUCUUCAAUUACAUCCUACUUAUAAUGAGUGGUACAUAUUACACACUGUAAACACUGUAAACAAGAACAGGGCUCAGAUAUUCAAGUGAAAUUCCACUUACUUACAUUGAAAGAGUUUAAAUUAUGAAUAAAAAUUGUUUGAAACACUUAAAAACUAGUACUUUGGUAAAGACUCGAUCACUUUUGUAUAAGAUUUUCAUAUUAUACAUACAUUGCUUAGGUAUCGUUCGUAAUUUAUUAUUAGCAUUAAACGUCAUAUAGUCACUUACCAUCUAAUUAAUUUACAUACUUAGUUAAAGACUACCAUGGACGUAUCGCAUUUUCGUAAGGUGCCUCAAGUCUUUCGCUUUUUCUUAAACGUACAACAAACAAACAAACAAACAAAAUAAAUAAAUAAAUAAAUAAAUAAAAACAAUAA